AUGGCCUGGGCCUGUUGCGGCAUGCGCGGGUGGAGGCAAAACAUGGAGGAUGCCUCCUUGAUGUUGCCGAAAGGGUACCUUGCUGGCGAUUGGCGGGAUUCGUCCUUGUUCGGCGUGUUCGACGGCCAUGGCGGCGAGCAGGUUGCUCGAUUUGUAGUGCGACGUUUGCCGCAAGUUCUGGCCAGCUUCCCUGGCCAUGACGCUGAAACGGCCAUGCGCGAGGCAUACUUGCGCUUGGACGAAAUGCUUCGACAGCCUGCUGUUGCUGCAGAACUGCGGGACCUAACCCUUCCAGGCAAUGAACCACAAGAUUCAGCUGAGACUUGUGGCACGACGGCAGUCUGCUGCCUGAUUCAGGAGAACGAGAUGAUCCUCGCACAUGUAGGAGACUCUCGGGCGGUCCUUUGCCGCCAGGGCGGAGCGGUGGCCCUGACAGCAGACCACAAGCCUGAAUUACCGGAAGAGACGGCAAGGAUUGAGGCAGCCGGUGGUUUCGUCCAGGAAGGAGCUACCGCCAUGGGCAGCGGGAAGGAAUACCGGGUGAAUGGGGGGCUCAACCUUUCGCGUGCCUUGGGUGAUCUUCGUUACAAGAGCGACCUCAAGCUCAAGCCUUCUGAACAGCUGGUGUCCCCAGUCCCGGAUACAAAGCGGCUGCAGUGGCAGCAGGGCGUGGACGAGUUUGUUCUUCUCGCCAGUGAUGGCGUCUGGGAAUGCGUGACGAAUGAGCAGGCGGUCAACUUUGUUCGCGCUCGACUUCCUCCGCCAGGAUCCAGAAAGGGUCUUCAGCCUGUGCUGGCAGAGUUGCUAGACAUGUGCUGUGCGACUACACCUGCGCAGCGAGGUGGCCUCGGCUGCGACAACUUGACGGUGGUCCUUGUCCGCUUCGAGGUCGCGUUGGCCUAUUGGUUGUUGAAAUGUUGUUGA